CAUUCCAUGCAGUAAUCUUAACAGCUUACUGAAGAUGGAGGUCCUAGGAUUUAUUGAUGUGCCAGACUUUCUCCUGACUUUACUGCUGAUUUUAUUGUCUUUAUACGUGUUUUCAAAAUGCAAGUUGCGAUUUUGGAGGAGACGUGGCGUUCCUUAUCCUAAGAUGAAAAAUGGUGUUGGAAAAAUUGACUUGAAAAUGCAGUCAACAAGCUUCAAAAACCCUAGGACGAAGGCCAAACGCAAGAAUCCUAUAGAAAAAGAUAAAAUGUCACCCAAAAGAAAAAUAAUAAAACUAGAAGAAAUAGAAACGGAAUAUAGGACGAAUGACAAUCGGAAUCCUAUAGAAACAAACAUGUCACUGGUCAUACUUGCAGAAAAAGUGAUGGAAUAUAGGAAUCUCAAAAUUGGAGACCAUAUAUGUGUUGAUGGUAAAUUCAAAUGUUGUGGAUAUCAGCACCAUGGAAUUUACGUUGGAGACUGUACUGUCAUUCAUUUUUCUGGGUGUUUUGGGAAAAAUGCAAAGAUCAAAGAUACCGAUAUUAAUAUUUUUGCAAGAGAAGGCAAAAGGGAAAUUACAAGAUUUCAAUACAUAAACUGCAAGCCUCCAGAAGACGUCGUCAAAGUUGCAAGAGAAUUUUGCAAUGGUUCGAGAAUUUGGGGAAAGUUCGAUUUGGUGAAAAAUAACUGUGAGCAUUUUGCCACUUUUUGUAAAACAGGAAACGCAAUAUCAGAGCAAUCUGAACGGCACAUCGAGAAAUGUCUACAUAAUCUGCGCUACAAAUGGUUUUCUGAUACAGUUAUGUACUCUUCGUCUUGUUGUCUUUGAAUGUUCAGGUUAAUGACUUGCUGAUAUAAAAAUAUAUAAGGUGAUUGUAAAGUGAUUUUUUAAAUGAACAGCCACGGACAUUAUUUUGCAAUUAUUGAAUGCUUUAUUACUCUCUGUAUUGCUGAAUGUUCUAUCUUGAUUCUUUCAUAUUUCUGAACUUUACCCCGUGGGGAUCCGGGUUAGAAUAGGUCCUUAGUACCCCCUUGCUUGUCGUAAAAGGCGACUAAAUGGGAAGGUCCUUCGGAUGAGACCGUAUAAAACGAGGCCCGGUGUCACAGCAGGUGUGGCACGAUAAAGAUCCCUCCCUGCUCAAUGGCCCUGAGUGCCGAGCAAAGGCCCAAAUUUGCAGCCCUUCACCGGCAAUGGUGACGUCUCCAUAUCAGUGAAAUAUUCUGGAGAAGGACGUUAAACAGUUUACAAGCAAUCAAUCAAUAUUUCUGAACUUUUCUCCAGUAUUUAUAUAAGUAACUGUCGUCAAACAAAUGGUCAUUAAGGUCAAAUUUCACAAAUGCCCUAUCUGGAAAAUUUUGAUAGCCUGACACUUUCUGAAUGAAAAUAUCCAUAACUUUAAAAAAAAAUAUCGCACUUUUUCAAUAUUAAAUGAACAUUUAAGUAAGCAACUUCAAAAUGACAAUGACGUUAUUCAACGAAAACAUAAGGACGUCGCUUGUGUCAAAUUUAGUUUCCAAACAUUCUUAAAAUUAUCUAAAUAAGUAAAAAAAAAACCCUUAUUGAUCGCCUUGACAAAUAUAAAUAUUUUUUUUCUUACAUUGUUCUAGUAAACUUGAUAGGAUAAGAUUAUAUAUUCUUUAUUUCCUCCAUAAUGGAGAGUUUGUAUAAACAGAUAAUUAAUUCGUGUAACAACACAAUAUAAAACAGAAAACAAAUUUAUAUAUGUGCAAUAUUCUGCUUGAGGAUUACAGGUUACGACAAUCUAUUGCAAAAAGACUUUUAUUUUAUAAACUGUUAAGGCAACAGUUAUCAUAAUACAACUCCAUUUUGUAAAUUAUAAUAAAAUUAUGUUUUCAAAACUUGUGCCUUUACCACAUUCCUUUAAAGAAAAAAAAACUGUAGUUCAGCAUCUAGAUUCUCAAACAAAACAUACUCAUUUACAUCUAAGUAUAUCUAAAGUGCCCUCAAACAUAGUUUCCCCAUCCUCUAAUAGUGUAAAACAACUUAACACUGAGUGCAUAUCAUAGUUACUUGCAAUUGUUACCUUAUUGCAAAAUUUACAAACAAUUUCUUUGAAUGAAACCUGUUUAAAAAAAUCGAUUAAUAAUCUUUUUAAAGGAUCUUCUCUAGCAAUCUGUUACAAUUUAUUUGGAUUCAACGUAGUAUGCAUUUUCCUGAAAAAAUACAUGUCAGGAUCUCAGAUCUAGAAUCAGUCUGAGGAGCACGCCAUUGUUUUUCUCUACAUCCAUAUUGUUUGGAUAAGCAUUUUUGAACUUCCUUUUAAACUCACCUAAGCUGAAGUUCAAUUAAGCAUUUCUGAUCACAUUUUGUCCGUCGUCCGUCCGUCUAUCUGUCCGUAUGUAAACUUUUCGCAUUUCCGACUUAUCAUGAACCACUGCGCCAAUUUAAAUAAAACUUAUUACAAAGCAACCUUAGGUAAAGGGGAGUAAAAAUAAAUGGCUCAGUCCCCUCACGAGAGGAGAUAGUCAAGAAGAGACAAAAAUAUGGUGGGGUCAUUAAAAAAAUCUUCUCAAAAACCACUUGGCCAGAAAAGCUAAAAUUAUGUGGAAGCAUAAAAACAUCCUUGGGUAGUGCACUUAUACAAUGCUCAAACCAUGACCCCCAGGGGUAGUGCAGGACUGCAAUAGGAACUCCAAGCUAUAUAUUGAAAUAUUUUGAAAAAAAUCUUUAAAAUCAAGAACUUCUAGGCUAGACAAUCAAAUCAUGACCUUCGGGGGUAGGGCGGGGCUGCAAUAGGAACACCAAGUGUAUCAAUGAAAUUUAUAUUGAUUUAUUGCAUGUUGUUUAACGUCUCUCUCGAGAAAUUUUUUACUCAUAUGUAGACCUCACUGUAUGCCGGUGAAGGGCUUAAAAUUUAGAUCUAUACUCGGCACCCAGGAUCUUUGAGCAGUGAGGGUUCUUUAUCGUGCCAACACCUACCAUGACACGGGACCUAUGUUUUAAAGGUUUAAGCCGAAAGACCCGUGACUUUCAAUUUUAGUGUCGAGCGCUUGGAGAAAAAACAGACACCUCCUAUUAUUACGUCUAAGGUAUGACGCGACGCCGCGAAUGUGAAUCGAACUCGGGCCUCCCGAUCAAGAUGAGAUAUAUAGGAAAAAUCUUCGAAAAUCUUCUUCUCAAAAAC